AAUGCCUUUGAAUUGUCAUCUUAGAAUUCAGUUUUUUAGUUUUGCUCAUUGAGCCACAUUUCAGUAAACUAGAUAUUUUGCAUCUUUGUACAAAGCAGAAGGCUAAUUUUGCCUCCUGCAACAUCAGUUUAAGGCUCUGUCCAAAACAAGCCUCGUUUAGACGUUACACCAUCUGCCGCGUGCCAUCCGGUCUGCAUAGAAUACGUAAGUUAUAUCUCAGGAAUCUGAAGAAUGCAAGCUACUGUAUCAGCAUCACUCCUUUAUCUGUCAGCCUUGAUUAGUUGUUUGGUAAAUGCUCACUUUAAAACAGGCUGUCGCAAUCCAAUAUGAAGACAAUGACAAUGAAAGCUUCCCUUUGGUCCCCAAAACGAAUAUUGAUGUUACGCAGGACCUGAGUACUCAGUGUAUUAUUACACUGAGUUCCAACUAAUGACACCUUAUAAUCUACUGUAAUGCAUCUUAUUUACCAUAAUAGUCUUAUAAUGUACUCUAAUUGAUCUUCUAAAUGUUUUGGGAACUUAUGAGCAAGUUCAAAUAAUAAAUCUGUACAGUUGUAUAAUUCAACAUGGGUUCUUUAAAUGCAAAGCUUAUGUGAUGUAAUGUUUAGUCUUAAACAUUCUUUUUUUUUUAUUAUAAUUAUGUGUAAGUGGAAAAAGUGAUGUCAGUGGACAUCUUCUACUUACACUUCUGAUUUAUGGUGAAGCAUUGAUACGGUUUGCCAAACUUAACCUUAGAAUUGCGCAAUAUCCGAAGUGAGGGAUCAAUGUGUAACUGCUACGGACAGCAGCUUUAAAGUGAACUCUGUGCCGGAGUCCAGACGCAUCGUCGGCUCUCGAACCAUUCAGAUAGUCGCACGAUCCUUGCUGUCAGCGUGGUCUCAGUUCCUUUCUCUAUGGCUGCUGCUGAACCAGACGCCAAACCUUUUUUCUCUCUGGAGUCCUACCAUGUCUCUGAAGAGCUUGGUUUCAUCCUCCCGGAUCCUCUGGAAGAGCUACCACCGUACUACAAGCCAUGGAUGGACAUUGCCCUGCGAGUCCCGGAGCUUGUGCACUCCCGCCAGUUGCGCUUUCUUAUUAACAAGAUGCCACAGCUGAGCAACCGGUUUCUGCUGAAGCACCGCGAGUUACGCUUGGCCCACCUGGCCCUCAGUGUAAUGACCAUGGGCUACAUGUGGCAGGAGGGAGAGAACAACACAGUGGAGACACUACCACGUAACCUGGCGGUCCCAUACUGGGAGGUGUCACAGCGUUUAGGACUUCCCCCAAUUCUCACCCAUGCAGAUGCGGUACUGGCCAACUGGAAGAAGAAGGAUCCAUUGGGUCCUUUUGACAUGGAGAACCUGGAGGUGCUGGUGAGCCUCCCCGGUGGAGACAGCACCAGAGGUUUCUUCUUGGUCACUCUGCUGGUGGAGCUGGCAGCAGUUCCUGCAUUGAGGAACAUUCCCGCUGUGAUCAACGGUGUCAGGUGUGGAGACACUGAGACUGUGGCCGGAGGCCUGGAGGUCAUCAGCCAAUCGAUACAGGACAUGACAGAUAAACUGAAACUGAUGCAAGUUUACGUGGAGCCUUCGGUGUUCUACGGCAUAAUGAGGAUCUACUUGUCCGGGUGGAAAGACAACCCGUGCAUCCCAAAGGGACUGGUCUAUGAAGGGGUCCAGGCGGAGCCCAUGGAGUAUUCAGGGGGGAGUGCUGCACAGAGCAGCUUGCUUCACUCCUUCGACGAACUUUUUGGAGUCAAACAUGAAGCGAAAAGUGGUGCCUUUCUGACCCGCAUGAGGAACUACAUGCCACCGGCACACAAGCUGCUGAUCACGGACAUCUCGUUGCAACCCUCCCUGAAGAGUUUUGUCCAGCAGCAAGGCAGCCAGAGGCUGAACCAGGCCUUUCAGCACUGUGUCACAAAGCUGUUGGCUUUUCGCAGCUACCACAUCAAUGUCGUCAGCCGCUUCAUCACUGUGCCUGCGGCCCGCGCCCGACAACUGAGGAACCAGAGCCGGGAGUUAGAGGGGGGCGAGAUGAUCAGCAGGGCACCCACAGCGUUAGAGGAACGGGGCACCGGUGGCUCUAGCAUCAUGAGCUUCCUCAAGACUGUGAGAGACAAAACGAAAGGCACUUUGUUGCAUGAGACAAGCGAAUAAAUGAAGCGCCGCUGCUGAUGUGAUCCGUUAUCACGGAGGUUACACAGCGGAGGGUCAACUGAAUCACGUAAAGCCGUCCGUAAAUCACUUCUGAUUACUUACUGCGAAACUACUUUGUCUGUGAUUUGAAGCCCCGUGACAGAGUGAGAGUGUGAUGCCUCUAUUGUUCGUCUUACAUGAAGCUUUUUUCCAUCUGUAAACAAACGUCAGACAGGAGUAGACGGGAGAGAAACCCGUUAUUCAGCAUCAUUGCUGUUACUUUCCAUUAAAUUCAACCACUGAUUCGUCCUUUAACGUGAACGCAAGAAAAUACAUCCGACUCUGCUGCAGACCGUUGUUCCAGCAAUCAGUGCUAAACCCUCUUUCAAUGAGAAGGAGAUUUUCUGUUCAAAAGCCAUUUAGAAAAUUCUGUUUAAUGAUCGAAUACAUUUACUGAUGCUUUAAAGA